UUUUUUUAUCACAAAAUGACUGAAUAUGUAUUUAAAGUUGCAUUCACUUCAUGGAAAUCAACAUUGCAGAAGUGGCUUGCUGUUACUACAGGCAACAUGGCGGCCCCUUUCAGGAUACUGUGUUGCUCCGUGUUGAAACACUCCUGCAGACGGUUUAGCACAACGUGUGGUGUUCAAGGAGGAGAACAGUGGAGGAAGGAGCAUGGAUUUGCACGCAGUGGCACAGAGUACGGACCCCUGACGGAUCUUCCUGAUUGGUCUUUUGCAGAUGGCAGACCAGCACCUCCACUGAAGGGCAUGUUAAGAAGGCGUCAAGAGAGAGAGGCCUUAGCCAGGCGCAUCUUGAUGCUCAACUCUGAGAUGGACAAAGGCAUGGAGUCUUGGCAAGAGAGAAAGGACGACGUUAUAAGAAUGGAGGAGUACAAAAAGACUCUCAUGCUCAAACCCAAAGGAAAGCUACUGAAGAAGAAGCAUCCUCCAAGUUAGAAACUGUCCUGGCAGCUGCGACCACAGUGGCUCCACGAGGUGUUGCAAGACACGUCCAAGUGGUCCACCGGGCAAUGAUGGGACCCUCGCACCUGGACCAUCAAAGACCUUCAAAAGUGAAAACUCAAUUUUUUCUUUUCUCUUCUUCUUUUGCCCUGUUGGUCCUUCCCUCCUCUGCUUGUUUUGGUUUUGAGGAAAUGAGAAGCAGAUGUUGUUGGCUAUUGUGCACAAGUCAGCAGUGGAGGAGGGGUGAGGCAAUGUGAGGUGAGGGCGGGGGAGAUCAGCUGACAAACCAACAAACAGGGAGUAGACUGGGCCAUGUCUGUAGAAUCAGUGUCACAGUCAAGACCUACAACUUUAUUGGUCUUGUUUCUUUUGUUUUACACUCAAACACAUACACCAGGGGUGUCCAAACAUUUUGACUUGGGGGCUGCAUAGGGCUAAAAAAAAUGUUGUUGAGGACCGAAAGCCGACUGCAUGUAGAGUAGCUAUAUAUAUAUA